AAGGUAUUAAGAUUCCCUCCUUUUCAUGUCCAUGCCCAUUAGUCCUCUGCUUGCAAUGCGUGGACAGUGUCUCCUGCUCUGAGGCUUAUCAGAAGGAUGCUCUCCCAGAGGAUAACUCUAGCAGCCUUUGUGCUCUUCAUCCCAACCUGUUCAACCACAAAUGAUGCUCCAUUCACAAUCACCAACAAAGCCACCGGUUUUUGCUUGGUGAGAAAGUCCAGCCGCUGCCUCGACAUGCGCUGGACCACCGGGGACCGUCUGUUCGUCACCUCGACCAAGAAGUGCCUCGGGGCUCAGGGCCGCAGCGCGGGCAGCGAGGUCAGCCUCUACGACUGCGACGACAGCAGCCCGCUGCAGAGGUGGGAGUGCAAGAACGAAACGCUGCUCGCCCUCAAGGACCAAGCGCUCUACGUCGAGGUCAAGCCCGACCAGUCCAUUUCCCUCUCCAGAACCGCGGGGCCGAACAACGAGCUCACCGUCACGGGCACGUCCAGCGGCGCGUGCUCCCGCACGUACCGAGAACUGUAUACCAUUGACGGCAACGCCAACGGGAAGAUCUGCGCGUUUCCCUUCCUGUACAAAGACCGCUGGUUCGCAGACUGCACGACGUUCGACUCCUCCAUCAAGCGCCUCUGGUGUGCGAUCAAUUCAAAGUUCGAGUACGAGCAGUGGGGAUACUGCCCGACCAGCUCCACGGACCACUGGGCCAAGAACCCCGUGACGGGCGCCUUCUACCAGGUGAACACGCAGUCGGCUCUGACGUGGGCUCAGGCCGAUACCAGCUGCAGGCAGCAGGGGGCCGCGCUGCUCAGCAUCACCGACCCUCACCAGCAGGCCUUCGUCUCAGCUCUAAUGGGAGCAGGGAAACAUAAAGUCUGGAUCGGGCUGGUCCUGGACCCAGAACACGGUUGGCAGUGGUCCGAUAGGAAACCCUUCCGCUAUCUGAGAUGGAACAUAGGAAAUCCGGCUCCAAAUCCGGGCCACAGCUGUGCAUUCCUUGAAUCUGCUGGGGAGCAAACUUGGCAAAGCCAAUCUUGCGGCAAGAAACAGGGCUACGUAUGCUACAAAGACGGAGCCCCACCAUCUCCACCCCAAAUUGAGCAGGGGUUUUGUGCAGCCCCGUGGAUCCCCUACAAUGGCCACUGCUUUCACCUCCAGCGUGUCAUUCAAACGUGGUCCGAUGCUCAGAAAGAGUGCCGUAAAGAGGGCGGGGACCUGGUGAGCAUCCGCCACGUGGAGGACCAGAGCUUUGUCAUCUCGCAACUUGGAUUCGCAUCCGCCGAUGAGCUUUGGAUCGGACUGAACGACAUAAAGAGCGAGGGGCUGUUUGACUGGAGUGACCACUCCACCGUCAGCUUCACCAGCUGGGAGUUUGGGAAACCCUCCACCUUCGCUGAUGAAGACGACUGCGUGCUCAUCCGGGGAGAGAAUGGGAACUGGGCCGAUCGCUUGUGCAGUGAGAAACAUGGCUUCAUCUGUAUGAAGCAGAGCAGCACUGAAAGCACUGGAGCUGAAGUACAAAUGGAUUUAGGCUGUAAAUCUGGGUGGAAAAGACACGGCUCCUACUGCUACUUUGUUGGAGCAGAGACAAAGACGUUCGAUGAAGCUAAAGAAGACUGCAAGAGCUCCGACUCCUAUUUGGUUGAUGUUUCAAAUGGGGUGGACAACGCCUUCCUUGCCAGCAUGGUGGGUUUAAGACCAGAAAGGUACUUCUGGUUGGGCCUCUCAAAUCAGAAAAACCUUGAUCAGUUUGUGUGGACCAACACGGAUUCGGUGAAGUUCACCCACUGGAACGUUGACAUGCCCGGUUACAGACAGGGAUGCGUUGCCAUGACCACCGGCAUUCUGGCUGGACUCUGGGAUCUGCUGCCCUGCAGCAACAAGGAGAAGUACAUCUGCAAACACCUGGCGGAGGGGGCGGUUGUAACCGUGCCGCCACCGACUCAAAGCCAGCCCCAGUGCGAGGAGGGCUGGGUUCGGAUGGGAACCAGAAGCGUCUGCGCUAAGCUUUUCACAGGGCCUCGGUCCUCGGAGAAGACCUGGUACGAGGCCAGGGAUUACUGCAGGGCCAUCGGAGGAGAGCUGCUCAGCAUUCACGGCAUCCCAGAGCUGCAUGUGGGCAGUAGAUUUGCGAAAGCCUGGAUAGGACUUCAUAUUCCUGAUGUGAACACUGGCUACGCAUGGAGUGAUGGAACCCCGGUAAACUACCAGCACUGGCAGGAGGGAGAGCCAAACAAUCAUAACAAUGAUGAAAAUUGUGUUGAAUUCAGAACGUAUUACGUGAAUGAUCACGGGUCUUGGAACGAUGCAAACUGUGAGGGUUACAAUGACUGGUUCUGUCAGAUCCUUGCAGGAGUGACUCCAAAAAUACCUCCAAAUAAUACUGUGGUGGAAUAUAACCGUACUUCGGAUGGUUGGCUUGUGUGGAGAGGGAGUCAGUACUUCAUUAGCGGAAACCCCAUGUCCAUGGAGGAUGCUCGUCACUUCUGUCAGCAGAGGCACGGCGACUUGGUGUCCAUCAACAGUAAAGAUGAAAAUACCUUCUUAUGGAAACAAAUUUCAAGACACUAUGGGGCUUAUUACAUAGGUUUGUCGGUGGAUCUCGAUGGGUCAUUUUGGUGGAUGGAUGGUUCUACGGUGGGGUUACAAAAAUGGGAGGUAGAUCAACCCAGCACGGAUACCUUUGAUUUCAACUGUGUUGUUAUGAAUUACUACAUGGGCUACUGGCGUAGUUGUAAUUGCGGCAACGAGAAUCAGUUUAUUUGUAAACGACGAAUCUCAGCACCCGUCAACAGCACGGCGGCCCCCACGGUUGCUCCCAAAGGGGGCUGCCCACUCAAGUGGAGCAAGUUUGACUCAAAGUGUUACAGUAUCAUCUUUAACCGCCGGGUCGUCUGGGAAGAAGCGAGAUCACAGUGCAGCAGCAUGGGAGGAUACUUUGCCUCAAUUCCCACACGGCGUGUGCAAACAUUUCUGACCACAAAGAUGUCUGAAAUGGCAACCUCAGAUCUGUGGAUUGGUUUGAGUGCUUUGAAACAAGAUGGAUUUUACUGGAGUGAUGGGAAAUCAAGGAAAUUCACCAACUGGAAUUAUUCUAAAUAUCGACAUCGUACGGGGACGUUUAACAAAAGAUGGAAUGAGGGGGAAUGUGUUGUAGUGAACAGCAACCCUGCCCUUGGCGUCGGUAAAUGGUCAAUCAGGUCCUGCAAUGACACAAAUGGAUUCAUCUGUAUUCGAGAUGUUGACCCGAACCUGCAGCCUCAAACGGAGCCAGCAGUCACUGAUAUCUAUGUACCUCUGGGAAAUGACAGCAUCAAGUUUGUGAAUGGAAAUCUGACCUGGUACGAUGCCAGGAAACACUGUCAGGGUGACAAGAGCGACCUGGCCAGCCUGAGGAACGAUUGGACGCAAGCCUACGUGGAGCUGCUGGCUAUGAAGCUCAAGGUUCCUCUUUGGAUCGGACUGAACAAACAGGAAAGCGGUUAUUUCAGGUUUAUCGAUGGCUGGCAGCUGCGCUCCGUCAACUGGGCUGAAGGUGAACCAAGCCGAGACCGACCGUGUGUGUACGUGGACGAGGAGGGAAAGUGGAGGACGGCUUUCUGCAACCGGACCAUGAACAGUGUUUGCAAGCAGUCGACAGACCCGCUGCCACUGCCGUCAACAGCCUUUCCAGGGAUUUGCCCACCAGAUAUGGAUGAGGACGACAACCCGGUUAACAACUGGCUGCCGUUUAAGGGUCACUGCUAUUUGUUUAUCACCGAUGAAAUUGAAUGGGCGAAUGCAGCGAGCAACUGUGUCAGGCAUGGUGGAUCCCUGGCCAGCAUCGAAGACCCUGCUGAGCAAGAGUUCAUCAAAGGCCAUGUGGAAGUAUUUCGGGACAGCACCAGCUCUUUCUGGGUUGGCCUGUUCAAAACUCAUGCAGGGGAAUGGAAGUGGUUGGAUAAAACCGUCAUGGAAUACAUUAACUGGGCUGAAGACGAGCCAGAAAAUGAUUUUGGAAGUAUUGGAAGCUCGGAUGGGUUGUGGAGGACGGGAAGCAGAUGGCACGACAAAGCCUACGUCUGUAAAGCAGCCAAAGUUAUUCCCGUGGAUCAAGGAUCAGGAAAAAAACCUGAACCUCACGGUGGUCAGGAUCCUCGCGGUCGCGUCCACACGAGUUUGAUAGUUGUGCUCGUCAUCACCCUCGUUUCGACGCUGAUGGUGGUCGCAUUCUUCAUCUACAAGAAGUCUCCUCGUACUUUGCCCACCUUCGACAACCCACUCUACUUCGACAGAGAGCGAUCCCAGCCCGAUGUGGUCGAUACCAAUAAACUGAUAGAGAACGCAGAAGAAGAAAACCUCGAGCCCAUUAUAUCGCUGUGAUUUAGAAUCCAUUGGGACACUGCACUGGGUCCCAAACUGAUGUGUCACGCUUGGAUGCUUCAUUAGUGUUUUAGCUUUGUUUUUUUUACUACAGUAUAUAGUAAAUAUAUAUUCAGUUAUUUAACAAUAUGUCACACUCGAGUGUAAGUUUCAAUGGAGUUGGCGAAGUCUUACCUCAUGGAAGAGAACAACUUCGCUCUACGAUGUCUCGGUGGGAAUGAAUGGUGUUUGAUUUUGUCUUUAUAUCUGAUUGAAUGUAUAGAACUGUUACAUGUUAUGCUUAUGCUCACUAGAUGCUGUUGAUUGUUUACUCAUGAAAUGUCUUAGAAAAUAAACUCACCGCCUGUCAUUGUUAAAUGAACAUUAUAGUUGGCACUAAAUAAUAUUUAAAACAGAAUUUUAUGUUAAAAAAUGAACUAACACAAUGGAUCAAUUCACCAUAUUGGGGAUCCCCACUAUAACAUAUUGAUACCUGAGUCUUAACACAACAGUAUUGCAAUUUUAACAAUUUUGCAAAACAUUGUGAAUGAUUUCAUUUUUAUUAAUAAAGAAUAUCUUGGCUAGUA